GCAUCAAGCUGCGUGAAGCCAACCAGCAGCAGCAGUUCAACAGAAAUGUAGAGGACAUAGAGCUGUGGCUAUAUGAAGUGGAGGGCCACCUGGCUUCAGAUGAUUAUGGAAAAGACCUGACAAGUGUUCAGAACCUGCAGAAGAAACAUGCACUGCUGGAGGCUGAUGUGGCAGCUCACCAGGAUCGGAUUGAUGGCAUAACAAUCCAGGCCCGCCAGUUCCAGGAGGCUGGCCACUUUGAUGCUGACAACAUCCGCAAGAAGCAAGAGGCUUUGGUGGUUCGGUAUGAAGCUCUGCGUGAACCCAUGGCUGCACGCAAGCAGAAGCUGUCAGACUCUCUAAGGCUGCAGCAGCUGUUCAGAGAUAUUGAAGAUGAGGAGACUUGGAUCCGUGAGAAAGAGCCCAUCGCUGCCUCUACUAACAGAGGCAAAGACUUGAUCGGUGUCCAGAACUUGCUGAAGAAGCACCAGGCUCUGCAGGCUGAAAUCACAGGUCACGAGCCUCGCAUUAAGGCUGUCACCCAGAAGGGAGAAGCUAUGGUGGAGGAAG